AUGGAGAGCACCGACUCCUCCACAGGCUCACAGCAGCAGCAGCAACCCCAGCCCCCGCCUCAGCCAAACCUACCACCGGGGUUUCGCUUCCACCCGACCGACGAAGAGCUAGUGGUCCACUAUCUCAAGAAAAAGGUCACCUCCGCACCCCUUCCCGUUGCCAUCAUCGCAGAGGUCGAACUUUAUAAGUUCGACCCUUGGGAGCUCCCAGCUAAGGCUACGUUUGGAGAGCAAGAAUGGUUUUUUUUCAGUCCGAGAGACCGGAAGUACCCGAACGGAGCGAGACCCAACAGAGCAGCGACGUCAGGGUAUUGGAAGGCAACAGGGACUGAUAAGCCGGUGUUGACUUGUGGUGGUACACAGAAAGUUGGUGUGAAAAAAGCACUUGUGUUCUACGGAGGGAAGCCCCCAAAAGGAAUUAAAACCAAUUGGAUUAUGCACGAGUAUAGGCUGGCUGAUAACAAGACCAGCAACAAGCCACCGGGGUGUGACUUGGGCAACAAGAAGAACUCAUUGAGGCUUGAUGAUUGGGUGCUGUGUAGAAUUUACAAGAAGAACAAUUCGCAUAGGCCUAUGGAUCUUGAAAGAGAAGACUCUAUGGAGGACAUGAUGGGGCCAUUAAUGCCACCAUCCAUAAGUCAUGUGGGCCAUCACCAGAAUAUGAACCUGCACCUUCCAAAAUCUGACACAAAUUAUGGACCGCCGUUCAUAGAAAAUGACCAAAUCUUUUUUGAUGGGAUAAUGAGCAGCACCAACGGAUCGGCCUCUUUGUCCAACGGGACUAGUCAGCUGCCUCUAAAGCGGUCUAUAGUCCCAUCCUUGUACUGGAAUGAUCAGGAGGAUGAUCAAACGGCUGGGGCUUCAUCAAGCAAGAGGGUGGUACAACUGCACCAAUUGGACAGUGGUACUAAUAAUUCUGCCAGCGAUGGGAUUAAUGGUGCUCCUAAUAACAAUUCUACUUCUAUUGCCAACUUGCUCUCUCAGCUUCCACAGACACCUCCAUUGCACCAGCAUGCAAUGCUAGGAUCCCUUGGUGAUGGCCUAUUUCGAACGCCGUAUCAGCUUCCUGGGAUGAAUUGGUUUUCUGAGUCCAAUUUGGGAUAG